AUGCCGGAGACGAUGCUUGGCAAUAAAAAAAUACAGUUCCUAGCAGGGGACUUGAGGACGAAAAUCGUCGGAGAGUGCUGUGUGCUCAGUUUUCGGAUAUUUAUGGGAAACAAAAAAAAAAUGUAUAACUCUCACAGAACAGAACCCGAGGACAAUUUGUUGCAAAGAGUUUGCGCAAAUAAGAGAGAACGUCAACGAACAAAGGAACUGAACGAUGCGUUUUCAAUUCUUCGUAAAAUUAUACCAUCAAUGCCUUCGGAUAAGAUGAGUAAAAUACAUACGUUACGAAUCGCGUCCGACUAUAUAAGAUUUCUUGAUCAGAUGAAACGUGACGAUUGUAAAUUAUUUGGUGUUGAUAUUUUCGACGAGAAAGGCGGUUACGGAUUACAAACCUCGUUUAAUAUUUGGAGGGGAAGUCAUGGACUUACGCAGAGCAAUUCGAUGAGUACAUCCGGACUAAUGGCCCCGAUGGGAAUGUCAACAUCGAUGGCUUGUCCGAUACCGCAUGUAAACUAUUACAUGGGAGGUUAUAUGAUGAAAACAGACUACAUGGAUCCAGGAGUGACAUCUGGCGAAUUACCGCAUUGGCAGCAGCAAUAG